AUGAGCCUAUACUGCUCGCAGUUCACCAACAUGUUCGAGAUUGCACUACCUAUCGGGAGUCUUCCCGAAGCCAGUGCCAGUGUCAGCAAGGCCAAGUCCCUCAACCCCGUGACCGAGAGCAUCAUUCAAUACCACCUGCAGCGAGAGUCCUUCCUCUCCUAA